AGGGAGGGGAGGAGCUGCCGAAGGGGUUUGGGGGGUGUUUUACUGAGCCCACGCCCACAGUGAACACUUCCACACCACAAAAUCUCACGUGGGCUUCCCCGGGGGCGUGCAAGGAGCGAGGGCGGGUGGAUCUGCUUCCUGCUGGGGCGGAGCGGAGCGGGAGCCCAUGGCCGGCACCGGGGAGCUGGAGCGGUGGCUCAACAAGGCCACUGACCCGAGUAUCCCUGAGGAAAACUGGGAAUGCAUCCAGCGGUUCUGUGACCAGGUGAACGCCGACACAGAGGGCCCAUUGCUUGCGCUGAGGCUGCUGGCACAUAAAAUCCAGUCCCCUCAGGAGAGGGAAGCUCUCCAUGCACUCACAGUGCUGGAGACCUGUGUGAACAACUGUGGUGACAGAUUUCACGGUGAAAUGGCAAAAUUCAGGUUUCUGAAUGAGCUGAUUAAAGUGCUUUCCCCAAAGUACUAUGGAACUUGGUCUUCAGAAAAAGUCAAGUUGAGGGUCACAGAAGUGAUAUUCAGUUGGACAGUCUGGUUUCCUCAGGAAGUCAAAAUCCGGGAUGCCUAUCAGAUGCUGAAGAAACAAGGGAUUGUUAAAGAAGAUCCUAAACUACCAGAAGACAAAAUUUUACCCCCCCCUUCUCCAAGACCUCAGAAUUCUAUUUUUGACACAGAUGAAGAGAAAUCCAAGCUCCUGGCCAGGCUUCUGAAGAGCAGCCACCCCGAGGACCUGCAGGCAGCCAACCACCUGAUCCAGAGUGUGGUUAGAGAGGAACAAGAGAGGUCAGCUCAGGUGUCCCGACGAGUGAAGGCCAUCAGCGAGGUUUCUGAGAAUGUCAAACAAAUGGAUGAGUUACUGGAGAACUACAGGAGACAAGAAUUAUCCCCAGCAGACCAGGAGACCCUACAGACUCUGUUCCAGCGCUGUGAGAAGCUCAGGCCGCUGCUGUUCCGCCUGGCCAGCGAGGCGGUGGCUGACGAUGAGGUUCUGGCUGAGAUCCUGCAGGCCAGUGACGAGCUCACGCGGGCUGUGUCCCUCGGGCAGUGCGGGCAGGCUGUGUCCCGCCAGGAGAACGGCGAUGGAGAGGGUUCAUCCUCCAGCUCUGCCCACGUGCCAGUGUGCCGACCAGCCCCGCGGCGCAUGAAGAGCUACACCCUGAUGGACUUCUCCGAGCUGGAGGCCACAGCCCAGCCUCCCUCAGAGCCCUUUGCAGACACAGCCUCGGCCUCCCGCCAUGGCAGCACAACCUCCACGUGCCUGCUCGAGGAGGAGUUACAGGCCUUAGGAGGAGUGUGAACUUCUCACAGCCUUCCCCUGUAGCUGACCCCACUUUACAGGACCCUGCUGGAGAGCUCUGUCAUACACACCUUCCCUGCCACUUUAUGGGCCCAUUUGCCCUCUUCCCCCCUACUUUUUGAAUUAAAAAAAAAAGUAAAUCCACACCACCACUCAGCCCUCGUGCCAGUGUGCCUGGAGCAGGGGCUGUUCCAGGGAUGCAGGGACAUCCCCGACCCCGUUCUUCCUGGGCUCUGUGUGCGAGGUGAGGCAGGAGCGGGAUGGGCGGUGGGAACGGCACCAAAGGGAGGAUGAGAGGUGACGGUGCAGGCUGGG